CCGCACCGCACCGCGCCACCACAGACCACCAACAUUGUGACUCAUUAUUCGUCAUGAAGCUCGCACUGACGGCACUGCUCGGAGCAGGGCUCUCGCUCUCGCUCGCGCAAACCGUGCCUUCUCCGGCUCCCUCGGGUAUUGCCGGCUUUGUGAACAACAACACGGUCGGAUCUUACCCGUGCGCCGGCGGCAAUCCCAACUCCCUCGCAGUGCCCCUGUCCAAUCAGACGGAUGCUGCGGUCGUUCAGGUCGACCAGCAGCAGCAGCAGCAGCAGCAAGUCAUGGAUGCUCAAGUAGCCAACACUACCUAUGCCGGCUACAGCGGACCCGCUGGACAGUACUCCUAUGGCACGUGCCCGGAUGGCAAGGCACCUCAGUACCCUGCCAACGUCGUUCGCAUCUCGGCCGAAGACGAUUCGAUCCGCGCCGGCUUCAUCCCGUAUGGCGCCACCCUCGUCGAACUCUGGGUGCGCGAUAGAAAUGGCGCUUGGAGGGAUGUCGUCUUGUCCUUUGACAACACCACCAACUACCUUACCGACCCAAUCCACCCCAACUUUGGUCCCACUGUUGGACGCUACGCGAACCGCAUCAAGAAUGGCACAUUCACCGCCAACAACGAGACCUACUACGUACCUCGCAACGAAAACGGCAAGAAUUCGCUUCACGGUGGAGAUGUCGGAUACGACCGAUCGCCGUUCGUCGUCGAAAGCUUCAAUGCGACGUCGAUUGUCUUUGCGCACGUCGACCCUGACGGCUUUCAAGGUUUCCCGGGACAGGUUGACAGCCGCGUGAUCCACGCUCUCCAGCCAAAUGCUACGUGGGCAAUCUCCAUGAGCGCCAAUGUCUCUGCUCCACAAGACGUACAGACGCCCAUUCUGCUCUCAUCGCACGUUUACUGGAACUUGGAUGCCUACGCUGACGGCUCCAACAGCACCAUCCUCGACCACGUCCUGCACAUGCCGCACGCAGACAAGUACAUCCAGACGGACAGCGACUUGAUCCCUACAGGACCGCGUCCAGACGUCUCGGGCACGCCGUUCGAUUUCCUCCAGCCGACUCCCUUUCGCCGCAACUUUGACAAUUCAACUGGAAUCUGCGGGGCAAAUUGCACUGGAUGGGACAGCUGCUUCUGGCAGAGCAACGAGCCCGCACGAGACGAGCCGCAGUUGGAGUUGUACAGCCCUCGGAGCGGCAUCAAGCUGAGCCUCACGACGGACCAACCAGCAUUCCAGGUCUACACUUGCUCGGGCAUUUCGAGUCCUACAAAGGGCAGCCUGCCGCGCAAAAAAUCCCACGGAGGCGAUGGUACGCUGGCUGAAAUCUACGAGAAUCACUCUUGCGUCGUGAUCGAAGCGGAAGGUCUCAUUGAUGCCAUCAACAAUCCCGACUGGAACGUCGAUCAAUUCUACUCGGCGUCGAGACCAUACACGUGGGCUGCAGAGUACCGCUUCUCCAACGUCGAUGAGCAAGGACAGCCGAUUGCGGCUAGUAGCGCUGCGACCGCGACGGCGAGCGCUACCGCCACCUCUGCUAGCGUCGCCUCUCCGUCGAUCGCAAACGCGACGAGCUCCGCAAUCAACACCCCUGCGCGUAGGGACACCAAUGGCAUGUGA